UAGUACCCAAGGUUAGUUGGAGGUUUAUCGGAAACAAUGGCCAAACGAAAUCCAGCACCAAGAAACUGCCGAAUGAAUGUAAGGGCCGCAUUAUACGACAGUACAGUGCCUCGGAACCCCAGCGGUGUAGGGGAUAUUAUUCGCUAAAUUAAACAUGGCAACACCCUAUCUAAAGUUAUUUGAUAUGGUUUAUUAAAUCCUCUACACAGAGAACCAGUGAUACUAUUGCAUUACUGUCAUAAACAAACUUACACUUUCUAUUUUAGAGAAUGACGCCUAUCAUUCUCACAGACAAUGUUACAUGGGAUCCUACCAAGACCAUGACCGGACAGCCUUCUGUGGCCGUUAACGGCUUACAUGUGGAUGAAGAUACCGUCGCAAAAGGCCUACCGGAUAUCCACCGGAUGGGGUAUUCUAGCAUCUCGCCACUUCAAUCCGGAGCACUGUUAACAAGCUCCAAUACCGAGGGCCCAAUACCCGUCGCUAUAUGCGGCAUGUCUAUGAGGCUGCCAGGUGGCAUUGGCACGGAGCAGCAAUUAUGGGAUUUCCUUCUAAAUAAAAGGGAUGCACGUAAUGUUGUACCAGAGAGCCGCUACAAUACCAGUGGCUUUUGUAGUACCGGCACUGGAGGAGGGAUAGAUGGCAAAGCCGAACUGGGAGAUUCGGGCAUGACUCAUGGGUAUAUGCUCAAUGAUGUUGAUCUUGCACAAUUCGACGCAUCCUUCUUCUCUAUGACCCGGAGUGAGCUGGAAUGGCUUGAUCCUCAACAGCGUCUACUUCUUGAACUAACGAGAGAGUGUUUGGAAAAUGCCGGGGAAAUAGGUUGGCGUGGGAAAGAUAUCGGUUGUUAUAUUGGGGCUUGGGGCGAUGACUGGAUGCAACUCCAGUCAUUGGAUACGCAGGAUACCAAUGUUUACGGUAUCACAGGCCAUGCGGAUGCCAUGCUAAGUAAUAGGAUAUCAUACGAAUAUGACUUCAAAGGGCCUAGUAUGACAAUAAGAACUGCAUGCUCGGCAGCCCUAAUAGGGUUACAUCUUGCAUUCAAGGCUCUGCAAGGUGGCGAUAUAUGCGCAGCGGUAGUGGGCGGCUCAAACUUGAUACUGAGCCCUGCAGCAACCGAAAUCCUGCUUAAACAAGGGGUUUUGAGCCCCAAUGCAUCUUGUAGGGCUUUCGACGCUGAUGCCGAUGGCUAUGCGCGUGCCGAAGCUGUUAACAUGGUAUAUAUCAAGAGGCUGGAUGAUGCUCUCCGUGACGGAAAUCCUAUUCGCGCUGUUAUUCGGUCUACAGCUAGUAACUGUGAUGGGAGUACACCAGGACUUACUCAUCCUAGUACCGAAAGCCAUGAAGCGCUUAUCAGGUCAUGUUACCGGGUUGGUGGCAUCAAUGAACCCUCCGAGACAGGAUUCGUUGAGUGUCAUGGUACUGGAACCCGAAUCGGGGACCCAAUCGAAACCGCUGCUGUCGCCAACGUAUUCGGUCAAAAAGGAGUCUAUAUUGGCUCAGUCAAGCCAAACCUGGGUCAUUCCGAGGGUGCUUCAGGAAUCACGUCUCUCAUGAAGAGCGUCUUGGCAUUAGAGAACAACAUAAUACCGCCAAAUAUCAAAUUCACGAAGCCGAAUCCACAGAUUCCUUUCAAGCAAUGCAAUCUGCAAGUGCCUAUUGAUGAAGUCCCAUGGCCCAAGGAUCGCCGUGAACGUGUUAGUAUUAAUUCCUUCGGCAUCGGUGGCGCCAACGCGCACGUCAUAUUGGAUUCGGCCAACUCCUUCGGCAUUAAACAACGGUCCCUUAAAGACAAUGCCAAUCAGGGCCCAAAAAUUUUGCUUUUUACGGCCAAUCAUGCAGAAUCGGUUCGUAAAGGCAUACAGAACCUUACAGAGUUUAUUGGAAAACAACCUGAGUUAAUCUACGAUGCUGCAUACACUCUUGCGAAUCAUCGAGAGCACUUACCCUAUCGGGCAUUCGCUGUUACUGACGAAACAUCGGCUCCUGAGUUUUCCCUCCCUAGUAAACUUUCGGCGCAAAUCCCCGAGGUCGCCUUCGUAUUUACGGGACAGGGUGCUCAGUGGCAUACCAUGGGUGCGCGUUUGAUAUCUGAUUACCCCUCCGUGUUAUCUGACUUAGAAUUGAUGGACGAGGCUCUUUCAAGAUUGGGACCGGGCCAAGCUCCAACUUGGACGAUAAGAGAGGAACUGCUUAAGGGCGCAGAGACGAGCCGAGUUCCUAUACCAGAAUUCGCCCAGCCUCUUUGUACAGCUAUUCAACUCGUAGUUGUCAAUCUCCUGCGGAAAUGGGGUAUUCAACCGACUGCCGUAAUCGGUCAUUCGAGCGGAGAGAUCGGUGCGGCGUACGCGUGUGGCGCGUUAUCGAUGGAGGAGGCCAUUGUAAAUGCAUAUCUUCGGGGAUACGUAAUUGCGCAACAAAAGCGACCCGGAGCCAUGGCCGCCGUCGCUCUUUCCAGAGACUCUGUUGUGCAGUACCUAACUGAAGGCAUCGGCAUUGCUUGUGAAAAUAGUCCCGAAAAUGUGACGCUCUCCGGCGACGAGGAGAAGAUCGAAGCUGUGCUUCAAGCUAUCACUGAGGCUAAUCCGGGAACUUUUACAAGACGCUUGCGUGUAAGCGCAGCUUAUCACUCAUACCAUAUGAGUGAAGUAGGCCGACAAUAUGAAGAGACGAUUCGCCCAUAUUUUUCAAGCAAGAAACCAACGGUGCCCUUCUACUCGACUGUUAUUAAAAAGGUGAUAGAUAAGAAGGGGAACCUCGACGCAGCCUAUUGGAGAUCGAACCUGGAGAGUGAGGUGGCGUUUUAUCCAGCGAUGAAAGAGCUUCUAUCAAAGGAUUCUUCCAGCAAACUGUUACUAGAGAUUGGACCUCACUCGGCUUUAGCUGGCCCCAUAAGGCAAAUUCUCGUUUCACUUCCGGGAGCGGGCUCCUACGUACCAACGCUGAUAAGAUUCGAGCACGAUACGAAAGCCCUACUUUCAGCCGUAGGCCAACUCUUUCUUCACGGUGUCAAGAUUGAUUUCAAGGCGUUGAUGCCUGAUGGACAAGUGUUGACCAACCUCCCCGCUUACCCGUGGCAUCACGAUACCAGAUACUGGCACGAAAGUCGAGUGUCGCUCGACUGGCGUAGUUCCGCGUUUCAACACCACGAUAUUCUAGGGUCCAAGACUUUAGAAAGCAACGCAUUGGAACCUUCCUGGCGGAACCUCUUGCGGCUAGACAAGGUCCCUUGGAUUCGAGACCAUUUAAUUGGACCUGAUAUCGUCUUUCCUGGGUCUGCUUAUGUCGCUAUGGCGUGUGAAGCUAUCAGACAAGUAUCUGGGGCUAUCGACUGUUCUUUACGGGAAGUUACCAUUGACUCGGCCAUGGUACUUAGCGAAUCCACCACGAUGGAAACAAUGUUUACCAUACAUCCUCUUCGAAUCACCAACACCCUUGAUUCAUCGUGGUAUGAGUUUACGAUCUCAUCUUACAACGGGACUAGAUGGAUAAAACAUUGCACGGGUCAAGUUAAACCAGGAACUUCAACCCCACCCGCAUCUCGAAAAAUAGUCGAGUUGCCAAGAAAGGUUCCAACUAAUCUGUGGUAUGAGACCAUGGAUAGAGAAGGGCUAUCAUAUGGUCCGCGUUUUCAGGUCCUCGAAAAUGUCUCUGCUCACCCGCUUAAGAAUCUAAUCGCCGCCAACAUUUAUGAGCAUAAGAACAACACAGACUUAGAGUCAACGUACUAUAUCCACCCCACUGACCUCGACGCGUGUAUUCAGCUGCUCCCCGCGUCAGCAGCCCGAGGUCUAUCUCGGCAAUUCACGAAGAAAUUCGUGCCGACUUACUUGGAAGAGAUAUACAUUAGGCGACAAAGUGGACCACUUACCGUAGAAGCGUCUACUGAGCCUGUUCGUGAGACCAUACGUGGCGCCUGCCUUGGUCUUGAUGAAAAUGGUGUCGCGUUGGAGAUGAAAAACGUGGUUAUGACUCCGCUUAAUGACGGAGACGAUAUCAACGAGACCAGUGCCCUGAACGGGGUUCGGCUUCAGUGGAAACCUGAUAUUAACUUGCAGGAUAUCAAUCCUUUAAUCGUCUCCAGCAAAGGAAUUGGGGAGACGGAUACCGCUGCUCUGCAGAAAUUCACAUUUUUCUGUUGUGUCAGUAUCCGCGAUUCCUGGAGCGCAAAACUUACCGAUGCCCACCCUCGCCAUCUGCACAAGUUCUUCGAAUGGCUCUCCUUGCAUAUAGCAAAGACGAAAUCCGAAGGAUUCGCCUGGACUUCAAACGAAAACGAAUUUCUUACACUCCCUUUAGCCGAACGAAGUCUUCUUCUUGAAUCUUACAAAACCGACCUUUCUACGCCGGAAACUCGCUCCGUAGGUGAUGCUGUUCUACUGAUCCAUGAUGCGAUAGAAGGGAUCUUAGAUGGUACAGUAGAUCCGGUCAAAUUUAUCCAGGACAACACAAUUCUCUCCAGUCUGCGCGGUAUCCUGCACCACUGGGACUUCACGGUGUUUCUAGGUCUUCUGAGCCACCACACGCCCCAUCUUCGCAUCUUGGAGAUCAAUGCAGACGCCGGAGAAACCACCGCCAGAAUUCUCGAGGGAUUGCGUUCGGAAUUUAGAGAAAGGAUGUACUACUCCUACACAUAUACGGACCCCUCGGAAGACCUUUUGAAUAUCGGGAAAUCAAAGUUCAAGCACGUUGAAGGAAUCGAUUUCCUUCCCCUAGACAUAAGUAAGGAUCCCGUAGCGCAAGGGCUUAGUCUCAACUCGUUCGACCUGAUCAUUGCCACACAUGCCUUGUGCGCAGCGCGAGAUAUUGGGAACGUGUUGCAGAAUAUCAACAAGUUGAUGAAGUCUGAUGGAAGGUUACUACUCCAAGAAUUACUCCCCGGCACUAAAUGCAACAACCUUGCCAUGGGCCUUCUGCCUUAUUAUUGGGACCAUGAGGCCGGUGGAAAUAUGAAUGGGCCUCAAGGUACUCUCCAGCAGUGGACUGAAAAGCUAACAGAGGUUGGGUUCGUAAUGGAUGAACCUAUCGUUGACGAAACCCCGCUCCAAAGUAGCGCAGUAUUGAUCGUCCGCUCUCACGUAGACAAUUUUCCAGCAGGCUCUGUAUCAGUUCUCUCUAGAGAGCCACACAGCCAUGCGGCUACCGUCUUAUCGGAUGCUCUAGCAGAACGUGGUCUUGAUGUCAAGAUCAUUGGACUCGCGGACGAACCUAUUGAUGGAGUUGGCAUAAUCUCCGUUUUGGAUCUUGAAGGGGGGAGUUACCUAGAGGGGAUUUCUAGUGAGGAUUACGCAAGACUCCAGCAGUUUAUGCUGAAAACGACACCAUCUGGAUUGCUAUGGCUUACAAAACCGUGUCAAAUGCGAUGCGAGGAGCCGCAGUACGCUGUAAUCAUGGGAUUGGCACGUGUCCUGCGCGGCGAGCUAGGUGUCAAUAUCGCGACAUUUGAACUUGAUGAUUUCGACUCCGCCAGUACCAUGGAUGCCAUAUUUAACGUCUACCAGAAGAUCCGGCGAGCAACAGGGGACGGAGAAGUUGACGUUGAUAGCGAGUACAGUCUAGUGAAAGGUGUCGUUCACAUUCCUCGGUUCCAUUGGUUCUCCAUUAAUGAGGAGCUCUCCUCUGGGAUUAAUAGCCCGAGUUUCAAACGUCUAGAGAUGGGGAAAUUGGGUAUGUUGAACACUUUACAUUGGGUAGACUGUCCGGAAGUACCGUUGGGAGACCAUGAAGUGUUGGUAGAAGUGCGGGCAACAGGCAUGAACUUCAAGGAUUACCUUAUCGCCAUGGGUAUUGUAACCGGUGAUGGACUUGGCUGCGACUUCUCCGGCAUUGUAAAGGAUACUGGGCCACAGGUUUCAACCCUUUGCGUCGGAGACCGCAUCAUGGCUGUGGCAGGUAGCACGUUCGCUACGAGGACGAAAGUGGCGGCGGAUCUUUGCGUCAAAAUACCCGACGAUCUCAGUUUUGAAGAUGCGGCUACUAUGCCUCUCGUAUAUGCUACUGCAAUUCACAGUCUUCUCGAUCUUGGAAGGCUUGAAAGUGGCCAGACGGUAUUGAUACAUUCAGCCUGCGGUGGAGUGGGACUAGCAGCCAUUCAACUUUGCCGUAUGUUAGGUGCUAAGAUCUUCGCCACUGUCAGUAAUGAGGAGAAAAUCAAGUAUCUCGUGGAUGUGUUUGGUAUUCCUCGAAAUUGUAUAUUUAAUUCGAGAGAAUCGUCUGAUGGGUUCCUUUCCGGGAUAAUGAGAGAAACAAGGAAUCGCGGUGUUGACCUCGUUCUCAAUUCGCUGUCCGGAGAGAAGCUGCAUGACUCGUGGAAAUGCGUCGCUGAGUAUGGUUCUAUGAUCGAACUCGGUAAGAGAGAUUUUAUUGGGCAGGGCCGACUCUCAAUGGAGUUGUUCGAAGCCAACCGCUCCUUUCAUGGCGUUGAACUAUCGAACUUCGCUCGUAAUCGGCCGAAAGUGAUUGGCAAACUUCUCGAGAGAUGUGUGAACUUGUACCGAACUGGUGCAAUUCAGCCGAUCCGCACGUCUAUGCUUUUAGAGGCAGGGAAUAUUGAAGAGGGCUUUCGCUUCAUGCAGAAAGGCCGCCAUAUCGGUAAGAUUAUACUACGCAUGCCGGAUGACCCACAGCAAUUGGAGUCGGUGCCUAUACGCCACGGUCUAUGCUUAAGACACGAUGCUUCGUACUUGCUUGUUGGUGGCUUAGGAGGGCUUGGUAGGUCAAUUUCAACCUGGAUGGUAGAAUGUGGAGCUAGAAAUUUGAUAUAUUUAUCAAGAAGUGGUGGAAAGGGACCAAACGAUGCCAACCUGGUUGAAGAACUUAACGCCGCUGGUUGUACAACUCAGAUCAUCGCUGGCAGCGUGACGAGCUUGGAAGAUAUUCACCGAGUCAUCAGACAGGCACAUCUCCCGAUUGCAGGGGUGAUCAAUGCUUCUAUGGUCUUAAGAAGCGGAAUGUUUGCCGAUAUGACACAUGAUGACUGGGAAGAAGCGAUCGCGCCUAAAGUCCAAGGAACCUGGAAUCUGCACACAGCUUUCGCGGACACGGACCUGGACUUUUUUGUGCUUUUCAGCUCGAUAUCUGGGCUGAUCGGACCCCGGGGCCAGGCCAACUAUGCUGCGGGCAACACAUUUCUCGACGCGUUUGUGCAGUACCGUCACAACCAGGGACUACCAGCAUCGGUGAUUGACAUCGGGGCUAUGGGCGAUGUCGGGAUCAUUAGCGAAAGCGAAAAGCUUCUAAGACAGUUUCGAUUCGCUGCGCUAAAGAUACUUCGCGAGAAGGAUCUUCUUGACGCCCUCGAGCUAGCUAUCAAGAAGAGCCGCUCCACUCUCUCAACGUCCAUUGAUACUAUCGCCAAUGGGUAUAUUUGUGAUAGUCAAUUGGGUCUGGGUAUAUCGUCGUCGAUGCCACUGGCUUCUAAACAGAAUUACACUACUUGGAAACGCGACCCUCGCAUGAGCGUGUACCGUAACCUCGAGGAAGCGCCCCAGGUCACCAACGAAGGCGCGAGUGAUGAAGACGAGGAGUUGAGAAAGUUUCUGGGUACCAUGAGAACAGAGCCGCGGAAGCUUGCAGAAGAUGCCUCCGUCGUCAUUCUGUCGCAAUACAUCGGUUUGGUGUUAUUCCGACUAACGAUCCGUCCCGAAGAAGACUUGGACAUCAUGGCUUCCACAUCUGCGCUAGGAAUAGACUCCUUGGUCGGGAUUGAGUUGCAUAAUUGGUGCCGUCAGAGGCUUGGGGUACGCGUUAGUGUUUUGGAGAUUAAGGGUGCUGAGACUAUCAAGGAGCUUGGACGUUUUGUCGCUGAAGAGCUCAUGGUGAAAUUGGGGGUUGGUGUGAGGGAAGGGGGGACGUUCUCGAUGCUUGAAGCUUCGGAGUAAUUUCAUGUAGGAAUCGCUUGCGCUUGUCUUAUGCCUUGAGGUUAUUAUUAUAAAGUAAAGAGUUCUUUUUUUGCUCUUGGAAGAAAUGAGAUUGGGAUUGAAUAAGAAAUCGUCGCUCAGUUUGUGAAGGAGGG